AUGAAGGUUCUUCUUCUGUGUACUGCACAUAACUCCCUGUCUCAACGACUGUACCUGACUUUGGCACCCGAUCAUGAGGUCACACUUGAGUACGCGCUUUCGGCCGAGACUGUGAUCGAGGCUGCGGAUAUGGCUCACCCACACCUUAUCAUCUGUCCUUUCCUCACAUCUCCAGUACCUAAGGAAGUCUUCACGAAGUUUAUGACUCUCGUCGUCCAUCCUGGUGCUCCUGGCGAUGGUGGUCCCAGUGCUCUUGACUUCAUAAUUAUGGGUGAAGACGGAACAGAUUCAGAUCUGGAAAGAGUCAUGAAAAGGGAUCUGUGGUCCGAACACGGCCGUUCUCACUGGGCGGUCACUGUCUUGCAAGCUAUCGAGGAGUACGAUGCAGGCCCAGUGUGGGCAUUCGAACAGUUCUGUAUCGACAUUGACGACCACAAUCUCACCAAAUCAAGUCUUUACCGAGGGGAUGUCACGCGAGCAGCGAUAGCGGCAAGCGUUGCGGCCAUUGAGAGAGUCAAACUCGCUAUUCAGGAGACAGCAGGUACGGAUCUCGAAGGCGAUGCACGCUGGGAUCGUAUCACCCCCGAACUGCAAGCAAAGUCUGAAUACAAGACUGCAUCCGUCACGACCGGCGAGCCUUUUCUUGGAGGACACACUACUCCGCUUCCAUUGCUCAAAGCUGCUCAGCGAGACUUUGAUAUCAAUCGUCAUUCUGCUCGGAUGAUAUCUAGGCUCAUACGUGCUUCAGAUUCCCAACCUGGUUGUCUGACGAGGAUGUUUAGCUCAAGCUUAUAUGUGUAUGGUGGUUUCAUCGAGGAUGGUGAGCACAUGGCAGACAUCCACACUCAGCCUGGCACGAUCAUCGGUACUCGAAAUGAUGCUAUAUGCUUCAGAACAAUCGACGGGAAAGGAAUUUGGGUCUCUCACACCCGACGAGUCAAGAAAAAGACAGAUGCUACGAUGUGGCCCAAAGUACCAGCCAUACCACUGUUUACAGACAUUGGCAUUAUUGAUGCCCAAAAUCCGCCUCAGCUGCUACCUGAUCUUCCUGAAGAUUUCCACAGACUCGAAUACCCAACACUUCAAGAAGUUUUCAUCGAGUAUGAUACUAUAUGUACAGGACAACGGGUUGCGUACUUGACUUUCGACUUCUACAACGGAGCCAUGAGUACAAACCAGUGCCGUCAUAUGUGUGCAGCCUUGCGAUGCAUUCUGGUUACACACACCGAAUCAUCGCCUUUGUCAGCCAUGGUAUUGCUAGGAGGCAGCUAUUUCUCGAACGGCAUCCAUCUUAAUGUAAUUGAAGCCGCCCCAGAUUCGGCCUAUGAGUCCUGGGCCAACAUUAACGCAAUGAAUGAUGUGGUUCUACUCAUUCUCCAGGAUUUUGCGGCCAAGAACAUCAUGACUGUUGCUGCACUUCGAGGCAACGCCGCCGCCGGAGGAGUGGCGCUCGCAGCAGCUGCGGAUCUGGUGAUCGCUGGCGAAAAUGUGGUCAUGAAUCCAGCGUAUCGCACACUGGGAUUAUUCGGCAGUGAGUAUCAUACGAUCUCCUACUACGGAAGGGUAGGCUAUGAUGUGGGCCGUCACCUCCUUCGCGACAUGCUUCCAGUUUCUGCCCAACAAGCCAGAGAUAUUGGGCUUGUCGAUAUUGUUCUACCAGGCUAUGGAGAUGCGCUGGACACGGCAAUCCACACUCACGUCAGCAAUCUCAUCUCGUCCAACCAAAAGCCCGGCCAAUGGAAGAACAAGCUCGACCUCAGCCCUACUGCCCUCGCCUUCGCUCGCAUGCAGGAACUAGGCGAAAUGGCAAAAGACUUUUGGUCCGCCCGCUCCCUCCGCUACCACUCACGCCGCCGCGACUUCGUCCGCAAAAUCAAAGCCUCCAAGACACCUCUUCGUUUCGCCGUUCAUCGACGCAAAGUCGGCGAAUAUGACGAGGAGGAAACUGAUAGCUUUGACAUGAUAGAGACGUUUGCGAUGUUGUUGAGGAAAGGGCAGGAAGUUGCGUUGCAGGAGAGUAUUGAGGCGUUGAAGGCGCAGGCGAGGAGAGCGAGUACGCCGGGGACUGGGGGUGAGAUGGAGAAGAGGAAGUUGGAGUUGAUGUUUGAGUGUUAUUAUAAUGCUGGAUGA